AUGUACAGCCUGAUAGCGCUUCUUCUGAUCACUUCAUCUACAGCAAACGCAUUUUUCUAUUCGUACACUUGCACAUUUUAUGGAUACGGAUGCUCUAAUGGUGGAGGUCUUGGAGAGGGAUUCGGGGGUUACGGUGGAUUCGGAGGUUACGGUGGAUUCGGAGGUUAUGGUGGAUUCGGAGGUUAUGGUGGAUUCGGAGGUUAUGGUGGUUCCGGAGGUUAUGGUGGAGGCUACCCACCUAUAUAUUUCAUAUUCCCGAAUUGGGGUGGCAACAACAAUGUCCCAGUUAUAGGAGGUGGAAAAACGCUAAUUGGACCAACGGUGAACGGAUUAUGCCCAGACGGUUCCACUACUAUAAGUGGCCAAUGCUAUUUACGAUGA